CGAGAAGGGGAGGAGGAAGUUGGAAAGGGUCUUGCUUGCUUCGGUCAUUUCAUGCAUAGAGGCUGCAGCUGCAGCAAUGCAGCCUCCAGAGGCUGGCCGAGCUGUCAUCCAGUUCCGCCACUGUGGAAGGGAUGUCUACUGCUUUAGGGUGCCUGACCUUUGCCCCAUGUGCCGGCAGCCCGUAAGCUUCAGGAAGUUGGACGAGGCACCUGUCAGCAUUGCUACCCCGUUGAUCCAGGGGCACCAAGAGCAGUGCGUCUUCCUGCUCAGGCCAACCCGAGGGACCUUCCUUAGGGACUAUGAUGGAAAUGCCGACCUCCAUGUUGGAAUAACCAAUACACGUGGAAUUGUGUAUAAUUACAAUGAGCAAGGUGUCCACAGAGAUGAAGUUGGGUGGGAACAGAGUAUAAGUAUUCCACUAUUACAGCCCAACAUGUUUGGACUGAUGGACCAAUGGGAUAAAUAUCUGGAAGAGUUCUCCGCAACAGAUGCCUGGUCUCCAAACAGGUAUGAAGAACAUUGCCACAACUGUUAUACUUAUGCCCUGACAUUCAUUAAUUAUAUACUGACUGCAGAGGGGAAGCAUCAAUUGGACAAAGAUGAAUUCACCGAGAAAUUUGUGGUACCAAAGGCAAGGAGAGCUUCUAAGUAUAUCACUCUCUAUCGGGCAGUAGAAGAACAUGGGUUCUACAUUAUUGAUCGCCUUGAUUCAGAUACAAAUCUUCCUUAGGGGAACAAUUUAUGAAUGAAAUUUUAAAAUGCACUAUGUCAAGAGAGGAGAUGAAGUUUGGAGAGCUACUAUACAAGGGAUCGAUUCCUGAACUUUCCAUCUUCUCCACAGUGGGUUGUCAUGGCUGAAGAAUUCACUACCUGGUGGCCAGCCUGCUGGUGAUGGGGCUUCUCAUCAUCAGCCAGUCUACUCCUCAGACAUAGUUCAUCACCAGCACCAUACUGGAAAUCUUUUCUGCACAACAUGGCAUGGCAUAACCUGCCAGAAAUCUUGCUGCUUUGGUCUGUCCUUUAAGAAUCUAGAAUACUUCUCUGCCACGAUGAAGUUAUUGAGUUUAAUCUUUAUUUUAAAUUGUAUUGAUGAUAUAUUUAUUUCACAAUCAUUCCUGGAUAUAUUGCCCCUCCCCCCCAUAGCACUGACCCUUACUUUAAAAAAAUAAGUUAUAUUUUUGUUUCUUUUGUAUCACUAUAGUAUCCCAUAUAUUCCUCCUCCACCCACUCACUGAGCACCAUCCCAUAUAAUGAAGUAUUUUUUUUUUUAGAGCAAGAGAAAAAGCUCAACUGAUUGAUACAUUGAAAAAGUCCAA